GUCGGAGUGGAAGAAGCGAUAGGGUUUCAAGUUCGAAUGAUACCUAAAUCAAUUGAAUGCAGCAACGUUGGUUCCAAUCAGUGAUGGGUCUUAAACAAAACAGAUGGAUGUCACUGUUGGUGGACGUUGUAUUCCAGAUGGUAUCACUGGUAGAAGUCCGUCCUUUUGCGUUGUUAUUUCAUUUAACAACAGAGAACAAUUCAAUCGACUCAGGUCACGAACAGCCGAAACAGAGGACAGAUAAUUUGAAAGAGAUCAUUUCUUGUCUGCAUUGUUCACACAUAUCAAAUGUGUUAGAAACUGCAGUACAUGCAUCAAACACUGUUUGUUCGUGUGACAUUAGAGAAAAUGAAAUGUGGGAUCCUGGAGCAGGCAAUUUUGCCCGAUGCAGGAAUAGACAAGAAAGACAAGAUAAGGAAGAAGAGACAUGCAAAGCGAGUUUUGCCAUUAGCAAAUUAAAACAUGAUAUACAAGAUUCUUUUAUCAUGAUGACAGAUGAGAAACUACGAAAGUUACACUAUCGUUUUUGUAAUUGGUUAUUUCAUUACCAUGUAGAUUCGAUUAAGAUGAAGUACUUCAAUAUUCCAAGGAAGAUGAGAAAAAAAUUCGGGUGCUGCGUUGCUUGUGCGGUAACUUGUCAGAUGCCUAUUCACUAGGCUGGUAUUUUUGAUUUGGCAUUUCGCGAUCGCGAAAGUCAAAUUAAAAACACUUUGCCAUACAUAUGUGAAUAUUGCAAUGCAUCUCAAAGAACUGAUCAAAGAUUUUACAAAACUUCCCUUCAAAGAAAUUCUAAACUCAAAUGUUCAAUUCUAAUUUUAAACACAUAUUUGUAUCAACUGCCUGUUGAACUCUAUGAACAUAACAAAACAUAUUUUUCUUGUAAAGACGUGGCGUUAGUUCCAAAAUAUUCUUCAGAUGUUAUGUGUACUGGUAACAAAGUAGUGAUCAUCGACAAAUAUUGCAAACGGGUAUGGUGUCGAGGAAACCGGCUAGUGAUUGUUCUAAAACAUGGCAAUAGAAUUUAUUGUUAUGACAACUUUCUUGUAUUUUGUAGUGUAAGUUGUAGUAAAACAGUACUGUUAAAUAAUUUUAUUCAAACUGCUGUCUAAUACCAGUUCUAAAAUGAAAAUACUGCUGAAAAGCUUACAACUCUUAAGGGAGUGAAUGAACAUAUUUUGAUCGCAAAACUGGGUAGUAACAACUGUACUAUGAAAUAAUAUAUGCAUCAAAUAUAUGUUAAGCCUAUUCAAGAAAUGUGCAUUCCGGUUGGUACAACCCAGUUUCAAUCGAUUAUACACGUAUAAUCAGCACAUGAUGUGGACUAUGGGCGUCAAAUGUACAUCCUAAUAAUUGUAAAAAAUGUAAAAAAAAAGAUAAUUU